CGCACAUGCCAGUAGCAUUUACCUUCAGCAGUUUAGAUGGGAAUUGUAGUGUUCCUGGGAUUAUCUCUGAGGAAGAUUUUGCUGCAUUCUGGCUUUGAUGAGCCAUCAUGAAAAGGAAACUUUCUGGCUAUAAAAUGCUUUGUAUUUUUGGAUAGAAAUGAUCUUAGACUGUACCACUAUUUGGAAGAUUAAUAAGGAGUGGCUGUUUGGGUGUUUCUCAACACUUGGAGAGUCAGAGGAACAAUGGACCUAACUUUGUGGCAAUACCAGUUCAGGUUCAUAAUGCUGGGGGACUCCACUGUGGGUAAAUCAUCCCUCCUGAAGCGAUAUACUGAGGACUUGUUCCAGGAGUCAAUCAAUCAAACUGUGGGUGUCGAUUUUUACGUUCACUUCCUGGAGGUGGAGCCGGGGGUCCGAGUAAAGCUGCAGUUCUGGGACACCGCUGGGCAGGAGAGGUUCAGAUCAGUGACCCGUUCUUAUUAUCGGAACUCAGUCGGAGGCCUGCUGGUGUUUGACAUCACCAGCCGGUCAUCCUUUGACCAUAUAAAGGAGUGGCACGCUGAGGUGUGCGAGCGAGUGCAGCCACAGAAGGUUCUGUUUGUGCUGGUAGGUCAGAAGAUUGACCGGGACACUCACGAGGAGAGAGCAGUGAGCUGGGAAGAGGCCCAGAAACUGGCAGGACAGCUGGGGAUGCCCUACGUCGAGGCUUCAGCAAAGACGGGACAAAACGUGAGGGAGUCAUUCGAGCUCCUCACUCGACGGGUCUACCAGGGUCUGUUGAGUGGAGAAAUAGAACUGCAGGAGGGCUGGGAUGGUGUCAAGUGUGUUGUCCCACAGGCACUGCAGUCACAAAGAAACAGUGUAUUUAAAGCCAGCUCACCAACCAAGAACAAAAACAAGUGCUGUGGGUAAAUACUGGACUGACAUUAAACUCAUGCUCUGGUAGGAGUGAAGCCACUGGCAAGUUGGAUUUAUAGUGGCGAUGUAAUGUAUGACCACCUUAAAAGACACUCAAAAUAUAUAUUUUUCAUUCUAUUGUGUGGCAUUGUGUAUAAUUUUGUAAAAUUAUGACUUAACAUUGAAUCGAAACACAGUGAAAGCCACAAUGACAGUUUUAGAAUGUAUUACUUCAGCUGACAUCACCAGCAGUCUGACCUUUACAGUGAAUUGUGAACAUUUCCAUAUCCCUUGGACUUUUUAAUAUUUUGUUGUUUCACAAGCUAAAAUUUGUUUCAUGUCUGUGAACACCAAUUUUUCCUUGAAAUUUUCAGAUUGAUUUAAGGACUUUGACUAGGUCUAUUCUAUCUCGGUGCAGUGGUGUCUUACUGAUGUUGAAUUAAACAGUCUUCCUUUGUCUUUGUCUGUACUAGAAUUAACAUCCUCUCAAGUAUAAGGUUAGCAGCUUCACUUUUUGUCAGACUUCACAGAAAUUAUGUUACAGAGGACAUCAUCAUCAAGCAUGUUGUAUUUUCGUAUUAAACCUAUCUUAAAGUUUGCUCUUGCAAAUGA